UCUAUAACUUAUUCCCACUUACAUUUGAUAGAAAUUUAUCUGAUCAUCCCCAUCAUAUUGAUAGAUGUUUUGAAGCAUGGCCAUGAGCAUUGGUGUGAACAUGAGCAUGAGCAUGAGCAUGAGCAUUUGCAGCUCGAGGAUGGUUGGUAGAGAGAAAGGAGUGUUGGAAUCAUGCAAGACGUUAAGGCAUGUGAAGCAAGUGCAUGCUCAGAUCCUCCGUUCAAAGCUCGACCAUUCUAACUCUCUGCAUCUCAAACUCUUUCUUUGUUGUUGCACCCUUACUUCUUCUUCUUCUUCUCCUUCGGCCCUUCACUAUGCGCUCUCUCUGUUCACCCAAAUUCCAAACCCACACACCCGUUUCUCCCACCAGCUCUUCCGUCAGUUCUCUCGUGGCCCCACGCCGGAGGGCACCCUCCUCCUCUAUCGCCUACUCCGGAGAAAGGGUACCCUUCUCGACAGGUUCAGCUUCCCCCCUCUGUUGAAGGCCGUCUCCAAACUUUCUGCCUUGGAUAUGGGCUUAGAGGUUCACGGCCUGGUUUCCAAGUUGGGCUUCCAUGACGACCCUUUUAUUCAAACCGCCUUGAUUGCCAUGUACGCGGCAUGUGGACGUAUUACGGAUGCCCGUUUGGUGUUUGACAAAAUGUCUAACCGGGAUGUCGUUACCUGGAAUAUUAUGAUUGAUGGGUACUCCCAGAGUGGUCAUUAUGACCAUGUUUUAAGGCUCUAUGAAGAAAUGAAGAUUUCUGGUAUGGAGCCAGAUUCUAUUAUCCUUUGUACCGUGCUUUCUGCCUGUGGUCAUGCGGGAAAUUUAAGCUAUGGCAAAGCAAUUCAUGAGUUCAUUAAGGAUAAUGGUUUUCGUGUUGACUCACAUCUACAGACUGCUCUUGUUAAUAUGUAUGCGAGUUGUGGUGCUGUGUAUCUGGCUAGGGAAGUUUAUGAUCAACUUCCCUCAAAACAUUUGGUUGUUUCUACUGCGAUGCUUUCGGGGUAUGCGAAGAUUGGAUUAGUGGAAGAUGCGCGCUUCAUAUUUGACCAAAUAGUUGAGAAGGACUUGGUGUGUUGGAGUGCCAUGAUAUCUGGUUAUGCUGAAAGUGAUCAGCCUCAGGAGGCUCUCGAAUUGUUUAAUGAGAUGCAGCGACAGAGAAUAGUGCCUGAUCAGAUCACGAUGCUGAGUGUCAUUUCGGCUUGUGCUCAUGUUGGUGCACUUGUUAAAGCCAGAUGGGUUCAUUCAUAUGCAGAUAAAAAUGGUUUUGGAAGGGCUCUUCCCAUCAACAAUGCCCUGGUUGAUAUGUACGCUAAAUGUGGCAACUUGGCCGGAGCAAGAGAGGUAUUUAAGAAUAUGCCAAGAAAAAAUGUGAUAUCUUGGUCCAGCAUGAUCAAUGCUUUUGCCAUUCAUGGGGAUGCUGAUAGUGCCAUAGCUCUUUUCCAUAGGAUGAAAGUACAAAAUAUUAAGCCCAAUGCGGUUACGUUUAUAGGUAUACUUUAUGCAUGCAGUCAUGCAGGCUUGGUUGAGGAGGGCGAAAAAUUCUUUUCCUCCAUGAUCAAUGACCACGACAUUUCUCCCCAACGUGAACAUUAUGGUUGCAUGGUAGACCUAUAUUGCAGAGCCAAACUCUUGAGAAAAGCAUUGGAGCUUAUUGAGACAAUGCCUUUUCCGCCAAAUGUUGUCAUCUGGGGAUCCCUAAUGUCUGCUUGUCAAAAUCACGGUGAGCUUGAAUUAGGGGAAUUUGCUGCAAAACGACUUCUUGAGUUAGAGCCUGAUCAUGAUGGGGCCCUUGUAGUUUUGUCAAACAUUUAUGCCAAAGAAAAAAGGUGGGAUGAUGUUGGACUGGUCAGGAAAUUAAUGAGACAUAGAGGUAUCUUAAAGGAGAAGGCAUGUAGUAGGAUUGAACUGAAUAACGAGGUGCAUGUGUUUAUGAUGGCAGAUAGAUAUCAUAAGCAAUCAGAUGAAAUAUAUAAAAAGUUAGAUGCGAUAGUCAGUCAACUGAAGCUAGUUGGCUACACACCCAGUACUUCAGGAAUUUUGGUUGAUUUGAAAGAGGAAGAAAAAAAGGAAGUAGUUCUCUGGCAUAGCGAAAAAUUAGCACUGUGCUACGGGCUAAUUAGUGAGAGAAAAGAAUCAUCAUGCAUUCGUAUAGUUAAAAAUCUUAGAAUUUGUGAGGAUUGUCAUUCCUUUAUGAAACUGGUCUCAAAGGUGUACCGAAUAGAGAUUGUUAUGAGAGACAGGACUAGGUUUCACCAUUUUAAUGGUGGAACUUGUUCUUGUAGAGACUAUUGGUGAAUUAUUCCAAUCUGUAAAUUGAAUUAAACUGGCAUACCCUCAUUUUGGGCUUGCCCUGUAUAUGCCAGGGCAUGUACUUCAGCUUGGUGAGGGUUCACUACUAUAAAGUUGAUCAUCAUUUCUAAUUUUGUUUAA